UGCAUAGGAACAAAAGUCCCUCAAUUUCGUUAUGGUUUUAAUUUGGCAUAGGUGUUUCUUCUGCCGUUUCUGAUCACCGCGGAGCUUGUCGGAACCUUCGGAGAAGAAAGCUGGAGGGAACUAUUUUUUUCCUGGCGGAGGGAGCUGAUCGGGGCCUUGGGGUACCGCUACCGAUGAACUUGGGCCGUGGCCGGGCAACGGAGCAGACUCUGCCCCCGGACGGGGAUGGGUAGGAAGCAUGGAGGUGGCGGGGGACGGCAUGGGUCCUUUCCAUCUGGGGCCGUUGACAUCUACGCCCAUAGAGUCAUCUACCCCGAACCUCCCCACACGGGCUGAUUCAUUGUCAUCUGAAAGUAGUGAAAGUUCAGGAGAAGACUGGCUCAUAAAAGUUCGUUGUCCAGGAGCAAGGCAUCGAUACAGUAAACAAGCUCAUGCAAAAAAGUGCAUAUCAUCACGGUCCACAAGGACUGGAAUUUCAAGUGUUCUAGAUAAAGAAGAUGACUUCACAGAGAAAAGAGAAUGGACGCCUCUUGCACCUUAUCAGGACUAUUCAAGAGUGCCAAAGCAGGAUAGUGCAGACUUGCAGUGGCUGAUAAGACUUCGUUGCCCAAGAGCUCAGAUGGAACAGUUGAUGCCAGAUCUGAAGCAAUCUUUUCCAGGAGUUACUAGAUUCCUGAGAUCACAAAGCAAGGUUUGCGGAAGUAGUCAAUCUGAAAAAACAAAAACUUCACAGAGUUGGCUAACACAGAAGCAUUUGUCCAUUGCACAGGCUUUAGUUAAUGAAAGCCAGGAUGUUGUUGGUCCCAUUCAGUUCCUGCUGGAAAGAGAAAACUGCUUUAUAAGGGAAGUAGACAGGUAUUUGAAGCACAGUGAUUUCUUAGCUCUAAGGAGAAGGGAAAUGCUGUACAAGAAAUGGUUUGAAAGUGUUUCAAGACCUCUGCUUCAGAAAAUUCAGGACAAAGUUGACAACCAGUCAAGCAAAGAAAUAGAAGAAAGGAAGCGAAAACAGCUCUCCCUUUAUCUAAACUAUUGCAAUGAGAAGGGCGGUGCAUUUUUAGAAAGUUAUAGUCCGUCAUCUUACGAUCCUUUCUUCCUGAAGACUUGUUCAGGCAUUUGGAAGGCAUCAGUUCCUCCUUUGCAUGACCCCUUGUUAAAGGAGGUACAAGGAAGAUACAUUGAAGCCGGCAUUAUUGAGCAAUGUGACACAGGAAAAUUAUACUCCUCUAAAGAGAUUAAUGAACUUCAUAAGAUUGAGCUACCACGGCUUCCUUUGAGUCGGCAGUUUAUGAACCCCAUAGAGUGGCUGAAAAUCCCAUUCCAGUAUAUGGAAAGUGAAGUUCGUCAAAACAGUUGGCGAAAAAUGAGCACAACUAGAAACCUGAGUUCUAUGGAUUUCAAGAGCUGGGGUGACUCGUCCUGGCCUCCACUGAAGAAGAGAUGCCCCCCUGUCAGGAAAUCAGAGUUCACCCAAAUGGCCAAUCUUUUGUCAAACCAAGUAUCUGCUGGCUCAUCAGUUUGGAAAUCAACAAUAAAAUUUGCUUCCUAAUGAUUUUUCUUUGAAAUUGAAGGUAUAAAGGUAUAAUGCCAAAACUUAGUGCAUAAAAGUGUGCUCCAGUUAUUUAGGAAGGAACAAGGAUUAGAACCUCAUUUCUGCAUCAGAGACUGUUGAGAACACUAAAAUACAGACUACAGGGAUGUUAUAAUUAAACGCUACAUAAAAUUGCAAUUGUGUAUUGUAGCUUUCAAAAGCAUUCCUAAGCCACUUCAUAUUUUUGUACAGAGGAAAAUCACAGUACUUGCCACAUUGCUUGCUGUAUAUUUCCGAGGCACAAGUGGAAAUUAGGGUUGGGCAGUGCUUCAGAUGCAGAAAUGAAACUAUAUUUUCAGGGCACACAGGGACACACUCAUUAAAGCAGCUGUGUCUUUUCCUGCAAGUGUAUGUACGUGCUGGAGUUGCUGGGAAAAGAUGCAUUUGGCUUAAGAAGUUGCAAACAGGUGCUAUGUGAGUGCCUUGCACACUCCAAAGCAUCUUUUGGUCUUUAAAUCCAAGGCUCUGCUGACCCCAGUUGAAUUGUUCUAAAAGGCUGUACAACAGGCUUUCAUAAAUUUAACUUGAAUGUGGCCACUGUUCCCAUAUUUAUAAGUAGUUUUCCUAUUCAAAUACAAAUUAAGUUUAACAGCCUACCCACAAAGCAGCUAAAAAAUAGGCUACUUUUUUUUUAAAGGUUCAUUGAGGACUUACUGAUUCUGCCCAUGGUGUAGUACAGACUUUUUACAUAUUUAAAAUAAGGAAUCUUCUUCAAUGCAGCUCAGUUAAGAGUUUAUUAAUUGUCUGAAGGUUAGGGCUGAGGUCUCCUUUCAUAAAAUUCUCCUCUACCACCAGAAACAAACCUUUGCUUAUCCAUUUAACUUACUGUCUUUAGCUUCAUCUGAUUCAAUUUUAAGGUAGUGUCUUUUUGGACAAGUAUUGAAAUUGUAAAACCUAAAUAAUGGGAACUUUGCAGGAACAAAAAUAUAAUUAAUGUUACUGCUUACAGGAAAAUACUUUUUUUUUCUUCAAAUAAAAGCAUUAUUUUUCCAAGUUUCAAUUUCAGAGACUGAAGUGGAAGCAAUUUCAAGCCAGUUGCCUAGUCCUACAUUGCUUCAUUCUGAACCAUUAACAUAUACCUGACUGAAUCUUUGAUGCUAUAAAAAAUAUUUGGCCUUUGGUCUUCUGUUAGAAGUAAUCUCUUGAGGUAAAGUGAAAAGUGUCAUUGCAUAGCAGCAGGAGUUGAGUCCCAACUGAUGAUCAUGGCAAAUAAAAUAGUGUGCACCCGUGAUGUUCAGGAUACACAACAGACAUGUAAGAAAAGAAGAAAAAGACCAAAAAUGUAUUGGUGAAUAAAGGUGGUUGCAUACUGUUAGCAGACAUAUAACAGAAUAGCCCUUUCUUCUCCUGGCAAGUUCUGGAAAGGAAUGGAUGUUAUGGACAGUUGAAUGAGGAUUCCUGUUUGGCUGUAUACUUAGAUUUUCUUCGUAUUGAAAUUUCCUCUCUUUCUGGUGGCCUGAAGAACACCAGUGGCAAAUAAAGUAACCACAAACUCAAAUAAUCUAAAAUUGUGAGGAAAUUAUCUUUGCAGCAAUCCAUAGAGCUAUGUAUUGCUUUCUCUGUACCCAAGAAACAUGCUUGUGUGUAUGAAUAUAUGAGCUGCAAGAUAAAUUGUAUCUCCUGACAAAAAAACCAGAAAAAAUUGUUUUCAAAUGUUUUAAAGUGUUUUAAAUGUAAUUGUUUUCUUAUGGGCAUAAAUUUGGAAGUUUUGUUCUCUUUAUUGUAUUGGAGUUUUCAUACUGCAAUUUAGCUUAAGUAAACUUGGAAUACUGCUUGUUUCUUUCCCUUUUGCCCAGAAGAUAGUAUCAUACAGAAGUUUAUAGAAUGUGUUUAAUUCUAAUCAAUUGAAUAUAUACUUUGGGAACAUAGUUUUUUAUUCCAUAUUAAUAAAAAUGAAUUUCAGAAAACUGUU